CUCUUCCCAUCUGUACUUUAUGACGACCUGAAAGAGACAAAAGUGUGGCUUCUUAGCCAAAAGCUUCCACCUUCUUCACAGCGCAGAUCUGUAGCUUCCGCCUUCUCUGCCACUUUCGUUUUCCUUACGAACUACUUAAAAACCCCCACCAUUUGAUUCCAGCUGGUUCCACCCAAAAUUUCAUUUCUUCAACUCUUCCCCAUGGAUCUAUAGCCCUUUCAUUCCCCCACCCCAAAAGAAAAAAAUUCCUCUUGUUCGUCUCGAGAUAGACACCCUGGUUGCUGCUUCUUUUUCUUUCUUUGGUGGGAGUUAAAAGGUGAAAAGCAAAGAUGACCCAGUUGCUGUUCUUGGUUUUGUUUGCGGAAGUGGCCAUGGCAUUCUUGCUGCUAGUAAAGAUCGGGCCUUUGAGGGAGCUGGUGCUCAAGAGUUUGGAUCAGGUGAAGAUGGGGAAAGGUCCCGCCAGUGUGAAAACAAUUGCCGGUACUAUGUUUGUGAUCCUAUUGUCGUACCUCAUGAGCAUCGUGAAGAUCCAAAACAAAGGAGCCAAGCUUGGUACUCUGUCGCCUAUGGACCAAGUUCUCUGGAGAAGCCACUUGCUCGAGGCUUCACUCAUAGGUUUUACACUGUUCCUCGGGUUUGUGAUUGAUCGUAUGCACCACUAUCUCAAAAAGCUAAUCGGUCUCAAAGGCAGCGUUGGAUCAUCAAAAGAUGAGUUCGAAAAGCUUCAAAAAGAGAACGUGCAGCUCAAAGAUAAGGAAGAGAAAGCUUCCAAGAAAAUUAAGCAGCUUCAGGAAAAAAUCUCAGCUCUAUCAGAAGACUUGAAGAAGGCGAAGCUCGAAGCAGAAGAAAAGGAUAAGAAGAUUGAAACAGCUGAAGGCCAUGUCACCGCCCUCCAGAAACAAUCUGCAGAUCUGUUGCUGGAGUACGACCGGUUGCUUGAAGACAACCAAAACCUUCAGGCUCAAGCUCAAGGAUACAAGAGUUGAGAAGGAGUGGAGAUGAGAAAUGGUCACCGGUUUUUGUCUCAGUGGAACUUUCAAAACAGUGCUGGAUGUGCUUCAUUUGCUGGAAAUGGUGUCACGAGUUAUGGCAAGGGUGUAGAGGUGGAGGGAGGCAGCAUGCUUCGUUUUGUAGAAUAGGGGACUGAUUUGUAAUACCGAACAGAUCUAGAAGAUUUGAAGUUGUUGAAUAUAUAGACUCUGGCUCAUUGAUCCGUUCUGGUUUCCUUCCAAUCAUAAAAUUUUCCACAAGAGAUAGGCCAUUGAUAAUUGUACUUGGAAACAAGCCAGCGGCGAAGAGAAUUGUCAUUUGUCAAAUCGUCGUCAUUUCUUGUACAUCGGGUCUCAAAUUUUCUGCAGCAGGCUAAAUAUGCUUGCCAAAUUAACAGCUGUGUAGUACGAAGUAGCUUUGAAAAGUCAAAUUUUGGUGCUGUUUUACUACACGUACAAUGCAGAUACAAACGGGCAUAUAUCUAUCUAUCUGAGCUCUUUCCCGACAUCUGAAAACUGAAAGAUCAGGUCACUUACAAGCAUAAGCAUUAUCUGCCGCUCGCAUGUUAGCUUCAUGAAAUGAAAGCGUGCAAUCCACAUUUCUGUGUGCUUCUGCACAGACCUAAAGCAUAUAAAAGGAAGCAAUUCAGGCUCCAUGAAAGACCCGCCACUUUCACUUUGGUGCCGGAAAGCCUCUCCAUUUCUGCCGUCUAGAUUCUCAUGGUAAUACCUCGCACUGCAUAUUUCUGCCCUUGGUUUCU